AGUAGCAGUGCCACAGUCGGUUGAGAGAGCUCGUUCGCAAAAGUCGUAUUCGUUGUACAUUGGAGUUAACGUGUCGCGACGUUGAAGAGCUCAGCAGAAGUAUCACACAAAUCAAAUACAUUACAAAGCCAAAAACUAGAAUCUAAUAUACGAUAUUUUUCUAUAAUUAAUGUGGAUUAUAAGCAAAAACGACUUACAUAGUUAAGCAAAAAGAAUAUUAUAAAAUUGUGAUAAAAUAUAAAAAGCAGUGUGUAACUCGGAAGUGAAAUUUUGAAGAAAACAGAAACAAAGCACUGAAGUCGUACACACAGACACAUAGAUAACAGUGUAACGUGGCUUGCGUUAAGCAACAGCAAAUUCUGACCUCAAUACGUUUGUAAGGCCAGACAAAAAGGGCGUUGUGACUUUAUAUCGCUGCCACUUCGCUAACGUUAUACGCUUACAGACUGGCAACGUCGCUUUCGGUGAGAACGUGAACGGCGUAACAAACGUUGCAAUUGUCCCUUUGAUCGUUCGCGCUAAGUGUCAAUUGUAUUGUCGCGCGGUGUGUCAUUCAGACGGUACGUCAUUUCGCCAGAUUGUCGGUGGUAUAUUAAACGUCGAUUACGAGUUGUGCAUGUGUAAAAGAGAUAACAAGUCAGCAAAGUCUCUUUGAGUGCAAUUUAAGCAACAAAAAAAAAAACGUUUAAGCCAAGGACCGAAUACGUAUUUACUUUUGUCGGAUCAACUGUUGUUGGACGCUUAAAAAACGAUUUUCAAAAAACCGUAAAGGGAAUCGAUUGUUCUGCGGCAGUGGCAACUAGAAACCAGCUGUCGUGGCAGAGCGCUCACUACACAGCCAAGCGCAUACGGGCAGAACGGAGUGAAACGCCAAACCACUCAAAUAGAGCGCCGAGCCGCUGAAUAGCAACCACCAACAGCAUUCUAUCAUUACAAGCGGAGAGCGGAGUGCGCAGUCGACGGCUACUUUACUGCCACAGAAUUUAACAAAGCCCAGAGACAGCGCCGAAAACGAAUUCGGUACCAUAAACUACCAGCUAGCAAACGAGGGCAGUCAUUAAGAAUUUUUUUCACUACACUUGGGUUGCUCAUAGUAAAUAGACGGUCGGUGAAACGGAGUAUCAAAGAAAGAAGAAAAAACAUUCGCGUCGCCGUCGCGUACACCAAAUCUAAUUAAUUCAAUAUUGCAACUAAACCAACACAUACACACACGCAAAGAUAAAUAAAUAUAUAAUUAAAUUAAACAUUAUUAAGGCUGAUUAAUUUUUUGUAAGCAAAAAGACAAUUACAAAACCAUAAUUAAAUGCAAAGUGUAUUUUUAGUUUUUCGUGAGUAAAGACUGAUAAAAGUAACGACAAGGAUUAUUCCAAAAAUACAACAUUAUAAAAAUAAAUAUAAACAAAUAAAUAAUUGUAGUAAUAACAAGCAAAACAGCGCAAAGCCAAUGCAACAGCCGAGCAUAAGUUAAAGCAACCAAACACAUUUACAAUUACGAGUUGACUAUAUCCGCUAAAGAUUAAGUCACUAGUUAAUGUGAAAAUAUAUAUGUAUAUGUAGAAUACGCCUAAAAUAACAGUAAUUCAGAGAAAAGUAAAUAUAUAUUUCUACCUACCUUGUUAAAUAAAACACAAACAAAGUUAAAUAAAGAAAACAACAGCAACAUAUGGAUUAACGUUCCUGGUAAAAUUCAAAGAAACACCCCAUACACACUGAUAUCUGCACUUACCUGAAAAUCUAUAUAAAGCGAAUGCGAACGUUACAUCGUUUUCAUCACAAACCAGCAGCAGCAGCAGCAGCGAAUCAAAGUGUAUAUUGAAAACGGAUUACCAUACUUUCGAUAGCACUUGAGAGCACCAGCAACCAUUUGGAUAACCGUCGCUAGUGUCAUUGUGUAUUGUUUGAUACGUUUCGAAAUUCCAUUGAAUUAUCGAUAUUUGUAACACCAGUGCCUGAAGAUAAAGAAGUGCAAGAAAAGUAAAGAGAAGUAAAGAAAAGAAAUUUAAUUAAUUGAAUUGUGCAGAAUUCAGCGAGAAUCAAAAGCAAAAAUCCUGUGUUAGAAAUACAUUUCAUAAAUAUUUCGUAACUCCUUACGCUUCACAAUAAAAGUAAUAACCCAAACAAGGAAAAUUAGUGCCAACAAACACAAAAACAAGUUAAGCAGCAAUAAAGUUAAAUUUUGUGUUUAUAAAAAGUUGAACCUUCCAUGUGAAUUGACCCGCAAUAUUGUCGCAUGUCAGCGUAUGCUAUGAAAUUAAAUUGAUUGCGGGCAGUGUUUAUAACGAAUUCCAUGUGAUUAAAGAGCAGUGGGAAACUUGUGUGUGAAAGCCAGUCUUUAACAUUGCAAAAAUUAUUAACGAAACUAUUGCCAAAAUGACGAUGGCUGCGUGCUACGCCAACUACGACAUGUCUUUGCCACACAGCAUGUCCACAGCGGCGUUGCUCAGUGCUCAGCAUCAUCACCAUACUCACCUCAAUAGUCAUCAGCAGCAGCAGCAGCAGCAGUCGCAGUCGCAGCAGCAAACACAUCAUCAUCAGCAACAACAGCAAAUCUAUCAGCACACACAGCAACAACACCAGCACCACCAGCAGCAACAUCACUCACAAUCAACAAACGGUGCGGCAACGUCGUCUACAGUCGUCAGCCGUUCAACGUCCCUGGCGGCGGCGACGCCGUCUGGCCGCGGUGGUAAUGCCGCCACAGCCACACCCGCCGUCGCCGCCACAAACUCAGUCAUCAGUAGUACCAAUAUUGGCAGCGCCAAUAUUAGCAGCAGUCGCAGCAACAGCAACAGCAGCACCAACAUUGGCAAUGGUGCAACACUGUCGGCUGGCACAGCGGUGGCGAUCAUCAGCGCCGGCGGCACUGCGACACCACAGAAAGACUACUCCAUUCCAUUGCAUGUAGACUGCAGCGUAGAAUACGAAUUACCAAAUCAACCUAAACCACCGGUGGGCCAACGAGUCGAGCCGUUGCUGAUGAUCCAUCCAUGUUACUUUCGUAAAAUGGAAUCACAACGGCGCAGUCCUUUUGUUAACAAUAUGCCGGCGUCAGCGCGCAACAGCACUGCGUUGUUGGUGAGCGGCCUAAGCAGCUCCUCAUCGUCAGCGAACACAAGUGGUGCUGCGUCUUCGGCGGCGAGCACGUCUGGUGCAGCUGCGACUAGCUCUUCGGCGCGUCGUGCAGCUGCGCGUCAAUCUCAGGUUAUACAGCAACAGCAACAACAGCAGCAGCAACAUCAAACUCAGCAACACUUGCAACAGCAGCAGCAGCAAGUUGUUGCGCAAUACCAACAGCAGCUGCAGCAGCAACAUUUGCGGCAAUCAUCACAACAUCAGCAACAGUCACAGUUGCAACAGGAACAGCAGCAGCAACAGCUGCAGCAGCAGCAGAUGUCGCAAAUGUCGCAACAAGCGCAUUAUCCCGUGGUUGUGGCACACCACCAUCUCAGCCAUCACCAACAACAGUCGCAGCAACAACAACAAGCUAGCAUCGCCCCAUCUGCGUCAACAACCACAUCCGCUACAACAGCGGCGUACAUCGAGCACGCCAGUGCCGUGCGGAGAGCAGCAGCCGCGGCCGCUGUGCAUCACCGUAACAACCAAAGUCGUGCAGCAACCGCUGUGGCCAGCAAUGCCAGCCAAGUGCAUCAGCAACAGCAACUGCAGCGUUCAAGCCAAAACACAUCUGCCUCGAUUGCAGCUGUGGCAGCCGCAGCAGCCGCCGCCGUUACCUCCCAAAGCCAGCAGAGUAUCCUAAGCCAGAAUGCCUCACAGUGGGAUCAGUUGGCGGCGAUAGCCGCCCGCUCCUCGAUGACACCAGCCACGGCUGCGGCAGCUGUGCACACCAGCCAAAUGCUCGCACCACGCAGCACGCCCGCCUUGUUCGGCAAAAGUCUAUCAGCGGUAGGCAAACGCGACGCGAUGAUUUCCGGCGGCGUAUACGUUGGUGGUCCUGCGACAACCGCCAGCAGCAUAGCAGCACACCACGGCAACGGCAAGCAACAACAACAGCAAGUGCACUGCCUGCCCACCGGUGCAAUGUGGGCCGACCCAAGCAGCGUAGCGUCCGCCUCAGCGGCCACUUCGUCCACCGCGUCGGCGCUGAUGAUCGAUCGCAGCCCAAUGGCAACAGUUCCUAGCAACUAUCAGGCCGGGCCUGAUACCACACCAACAUUAAGUACACACUACGCACGCGACGAUAAGCUGAGCGGCAAAUAUCGUCAGUACUUGCGGUCGCAGCGCAUGCAUCCCUAUUUGUCGUCGACAACAACGAAUGUGGCUGCCGUCGCUGCCGCAGCCAACCUCGGCCAGACAUUCCCACAGUUCGCGGUCACGCCAUCUUUCCAGCAUCUGCAGCAGAUCUCCUGCUACAAUGUAUGAUCGACUUGAAUUGACGCUGACACAGCAGCCUCAGCAGCAGCAGCAAGAUCAACAACAAUGGCGGCAACGGCAGCAUUGAAAACUGUAAGUGUUCCACCAAGUGAAUAAGUGCAGUGCAGCUAACAAAUUGCUUCUUAAUGUGAACGCCAUACAGUUGGGCGUGUGCGCGCGCCGUUCAACGCCGAGCAUUUGGUUGACGGUAAACCGUAUUUGAAGCGAGCGAUAUGCAUAGCUUUUGGAGUUAGCCGCAUCCGCGCAGCAGUUUCAAGGAGUAGUGGUAGACUAAAAUGGUAGAAUUAUUUGUUAUACAAACUUAUCGAUUACUUUCAAAUGCCAGAUAGCGCAUUUCAUAACAUAAAAUAGCAAAAUGCUACUCAAAAUUACAUAAAUACCAAUUAUAAGUGAAAAUUAAUGUUAAGCGAUAACUGCUAAAUUGUUAAAAAUUGAUCAAGAAAUCAUUAGAAAAUGUUUGGAAAUAAUAAGACUACAUUAUUAGAAAUUGACACACAUUGCCGAUAUUUAUGUACUGUAACGCUACGCCAUUGACGACUCGAACAGUUAGACGCUUACGUACGCACUUAGACGCUUCAAUGUUUUAUUAUUAGACGCCUGCGCACAACGCAUGUGUAGGUGUGUAUGCCGGGUGAGUGUUUCGCCGACGGCUUGUGCACAUAUGUAUGUAUCUAGGCUACUAGCUCACAUCUACGUGGGUUAUAAUGUACCACAAGUGUUUGCUGAGUAUGUGCCGACGGUAUUUCAAAUUUAGCCACAUAUAUAUGUAUGUGUGUGUGUGAACGCAUUUGAUUAUUUAAUGCAGUCGCUUUCAAGACCUGUUACCUGCUUUGUGUUAAUUAUUUGCGUGCAACAGCGGCGCAAACUAAAAUAACUUAAACAUGUACUAAAGCCCACCCAACUCAAUAUAAUAAUGCAAGUAUAUACAUACAUAUGUAUACUUGCCGAGGCGAAUUGAUUAACGUGCCAGACACCCGUUUCCCGUGAAAGUUGCGUAGACAAUGUACACACACACACGCACAUGUGUAUCAGCUUCAGUACUUAAGUUGAAUUAAAAUAUUUUUUUUUGUUUUUCAUUUUUUUUUUUUUCAAAUAAAAUUUAAGUUUUUUAUUGCUGUAUUCUCUGUAAAUAUAUUUAUGUAAAUAUGUAUGUGUAUUUGUUGUUGUCCAAAUCUCAUUUGUUGUUUAUAGAUUAGCACACGAAUUCGCUCGAAAGCGCGUUUAUCAGCAGAAACUAAUGACCUUCAAUGCUUACGUUUCAUCAGCACUUUCUUGAAUUCCUUAAUUAAUGUGAUAUUUAAUUUAAUACACACGCUUGUGAAAUUCCCAAAAUUAGUAGCGCUAUAAAUGAUAUUAGUGUAGACGUAUGUACUUUAAUGAUUGAAAAAGAUUAAAUAAAAAUAAUUAUUAAACGAAAAUAAUAUUAUGAAUGGAAAUGUGUUUUGUUUUUAUUUUUUCGAAUUUUUUUUUUGAAUUCUUUGGCUUCAUUUGCAUAUAGCAACACAUACUACAUACAUAUAUACAUAUGUAUGGGUGUGCUUGUGUGUGCGCUUCAUUUUUCAAAUAUGACGCGUUCAACGCGAUCGCCUAUCUGCCUUCCUGUUGUCUCGCGUCGCCCAAACGGUCAGUCGCAGUCGGAUUGUUGUCUGUCGCUGGCGUGUUAAUAUUACUUUAUUUAUUUUGUCUAUUCAUUAUGCGCCUUAUUUCAAUGAGACUGUCCGCAUUUGGGUCAGCCACACUGAAAUUAUAAAUUUAAAUUAAAUAUACAAUUUAUACUCACACACAAAUUUCGGUUUUUAUUACUUGACAACGCGCCGCACACACUCAAACAACACACACACAUGUGUGUCGUACAUUGUACCAGCGAGUGGAAGUCCAAUGCUUUUUAUUUUAAUUACAAAUUCAUGUAUUUGAAGUGACUGGAUCAUUGUUUAGCGUUUUUUUGUUUUAUGCCGGAGCAAAAACUAUGCGCUCUUGCUAAAUAAUUAGCCUUGCUUAAUUACAAAAUACGUCUGAUUUGUUGCUACGUUUGCGCUUAAUUGCAACUAUUUUGUGUUUACGGUGGCAUUAGCAUAAACUUAAUGAUGCAUGUGAACCUGUCAGACCUUGUUGUUGCUGGCUACAAUAUUAAUGACUGAGUAGCCUUUUCAGUGGUAAAUACUGAAAAGAACAGUAAUGUCGGCAUUCAUGCCUAAAUCCCACUACCCACUUUCCAGCUGUUCCUCCGAGUUGGUUACGCGACGCACAUACACUCAUACAUAUGCGUUAAUUGAACCUUACAUAUGACGGAUACUAGCAACAAGGAUAUAUUUAAUAUAAUUAGCACUUAACAAAGGCAUAAUAAUAAUAAGUAGUGGAUGAAAUAUAUAUAUAUACCGACAUACAUACAUAUAGAGACAAACGAAGCAAUGAGGUAAUUAAUGUUCCAUAUAAGCUGCUUUAUGAAGCAAUAACAAUCUACAAAUUAAUCAAUGCAUACGAGCGCCACAAUUAUAUGCGCAUGCGCGUACACCUACCGCACAGACACAAACACAAACACACAUACAUAUGCAUGUACAUAUAUACAAUAUAUAGGUAUAGAAAAUUAAUGGUUAUGCUGCAUAGAAACUUGUAAACUUCAUAGGUCGACAGCGUCAUACAUUACGCCAGAAAGCAUGUAGAACGGAAACAUCGCAACAUGAAACGCGAAAUUACGCUACAACAAAAGCGUCUGCAACUGGCUCAUGUCGGUUGAGGAGAGGAAGUAUUUAAAAGUGAAUUAAAUGUUGAAGUUUGACUGGCGAUGAGUAACUGGGCUGCUGAUCAGUUGGCAAACGCCACAAAAGUCAGCCGCCAAGUGGAUGCGCGGAGGUUCGCUGUUAGCGGGUUAACAAUUGUAGGAUUAUCGUUAAAUCCACAUUGAAAUGAUUAACAAUACAUUUACUAGCAUUACAGUUGAAAGCAUAUAACAUUGUAAACGGAAAGGUGUAGCCGGUUAAAGCGUUCCGUGGGCAGUAAUGGCCGUACAAGUACGUUGAACUGCAGCAGACAAAAAUCACUUUAUCAAAAGACACAUACAUACAUAUGUACAUAUAAAUAUAGUUGAUUGUAUGUGGAGUUGCUUUUGUUGAAUAACAAGGCCUCACAGACCAGAUUUCACAUUACAAACAUCAGUUGUUGCCGUGAAAUUGUACAUUUUCCAUAUGACAAUAGCCUAGGAACGCCUACAACUGCGUACAGAUCGCUUUCAUGUAUGUUACGCUUGUCAAGCGCGUUUAAAACUUAUUCUGCACUGUCAUGUGCACAUUUCGGGCAGAAAUUCUUUAUAAGCUCUCGUGCAUACACAUUAUGCCUAAAAACAUAACUUUUGUUGCGGAUGUCAAGUAAACCGAGACAAGGCUACCAAACCAAAAAGUAUAGCAAGUUACACACAUAUAUACACAUACAGAUAUGCAUAUAGCGCUGCCUAUGAUAUUGUAUAAUAUAAUGUAUAACAUAUUCAUAUAGAUAACUAUACUGAAGAUUAAUUGAAACUAAUUAUAUACAAAUACCUACAUACAUACAUAUGGGAUAUAAUAAGCACAACUGCUACAUUAGAUAUGACAAAUACAGAAUUUGGGACAAACAAACCUACACACAGACACACACACACACACACACAACGACAACUAAACUCAUAAACUUAUGCGCACGAAGGGCAUAGGUGCUUUGUAGCGCUUCAGGAGAACGGCAAACACAGAUAACAGCAAAAUGAAACACCACAUUACAAUGGCAUGCCAGAAGAAUACAUUCUACUUUUAAGCGCUUUUGAAAUUGGCAAAUCGAACUUUAGCUGGUGCAUUGCAGGCGAAAGGGUGCUUGAGUAAAGUGAAUGUGUGGCUUGUGGCAAGUAAACUGUGGCAGAUGACUCAUAAACAGCAAACACAGCAAAAUGUGUUAGAGUUACGGCAACAACAAUGCAAAGAAUUGUAGCGAAUUGUAAGCAAAGUAGAGAAUUAGAACUGAGUAAAUAUGGAAAAAUAAAUACAAAAUACACAUACAUUCACACAAAAUGUAACAAUAAUAACUAAGAACUGAAAGCAAAAAUAAUUACUAGAGCAAAUGCUAGAGUCGAGCCAAGAAGGUGUCGUCAACUACCUGUAUAUGUCAUAUGUAUGUAUGUGUGUUGACGUUUGCGCUUCAUGAAAGGCGCUCCAUCACAUACACACAUACAUACAUAUUUACAUGAAUACGAAAAUAAAUAUGUAAAUUGAAAUUGUGUUUUGAAUGUUUUCACAUAUUUUGAAAUUAGAAUAUGUACAUACAUACAUACAUAAAUGCAAUGCCAGCCACUAUGCAUUUAUACACACACACUCACAAACACGCGCUUGGAAAUCAGCAUAUGCACAGGCAAUCUCGCUUAUUUGACGACUGAUAAGUAUUUGUGAAAGAUAAAAAACAGCUGCCGAUUUGUAGAAAUAUAUAGAUAUGUAUAUUCAUUUGUACAUAUGUAUGUAUAUCCAUGUGUGACGUGCUUAUGCUGGUUUUAAAGCGUAAAAUCAGAGACUAUUAUGAGAACCCCAAACAAAUAAAUAUGAAUACACACUUAUAUUAUGUACAAAAAAAAUGAAAUAUAUAUAUAGUAUAUAUCAAGCAUUGGUGUGCAUAUACAGACAGCUGUAGAUACUUAUGUAUAUGUAGCAUACAUACAAACACACGAAAACAUACAGACACGUAUAGUUUCAUAAAUUAAAUGUGAUAGUAGUUUUAUAUUGAUUGCUCAUUAUUGAAUUAAUGCAGCGAACACUUUCAAUUUUGUUUUGUUGUUAAUUUUUAGUUUUUUAAAUAUUUAAAUCAUUAAUUAUUGCAUUAUGUACAAGAUAAAAGCAACAACAUUAUUAUCAUUAUUAUUAUACUUAUUAGAUGUAAAUGAGUAUUACUAUGAGUUUGAUAUGUAAAAAUGUAGUAUACUUUUGUUGCGAACCUGUAAAUUACAAACAAACAAACAUAUGUAAAUGUAGAUAAACACACACAGACAUUGUAAAGCAUAUAUAAUAUAUGUAUAUACACACACACAUAGUAUAUAUAUACAUAUAUAUAUAAAUUAAACUAUAGUAAAGACUUAAGUUUGUUUGUAAUGUAGAAAAGCAAAACGCUUUAAUCAAGCUAAUGAAAAACAUGAAGAAGAGACAGACGCAUGUAGUACGUGAAGACGGAUGAAAAUAUAAAAUUAUAAAUUAAUAAUAACUAAAAUAAAAUUAAUAAAUUUGUAGCAUAUUUAAUAAUUACAAAGAUACAAGGAAUUAUUAUUAUAUAA